ACGGAGCCUCUCUUCCACAAGUCUCCCUGCCUGCCUGCCAUUCCCCCAUUCCUGCAUUCACCCCCACCCCUCCCCAGCGCCGUCACCCCUCCUCCGCCCCCGCCUCCGCCUCCUCCUUUGCCUCGGCAAUCAGGGGAAUAAAUCAGGGAGGAAACCGAGAGGGAGAGCGAGAGCGCGCGAGCGCCGGCAGGCUUGCCGAGGACUGUUUCCAAAGUCGCCCUUGAUGGCGGCGGAGGGGAGGGAGGCGAGGCAGCCGCGGCGCGGAGCAGCCGAGACGCGCUAGUGGGUCCUCCCGCCACCGCCCCUUCCCCGGCACCCGGCUUCGUCCUAGCGGUUCCCCGAGCCACUCCACGCCGCGGGCCCCAGGCGCGCCAGCCCUCCAGACGUCGGCGGUCUGGGAGAGCGUGCUCCCUUUCCGCCGCCCGCGGUUUCCAGCACCGCUCCUUCCCCCAGCUGGGGAGGGAGGGGGGAUUGAUCUUCGAUCGCGAAGAUGGCUGCUGGCUGCCUGCUGGCCUUGACUCUGACACUUUUCCAAUCUUUGCUGAUCGGCCCCUCGUCCGAGGAACCGUUCCCUUCAGCCGUCACAAAAGAAAAUGCCACCCUGGCGAAGUGAAGGCCAAGUUGGUGCUCCUUAAUGCACCUGACUUUGCAUGCUGCUCCCCAUCACCUUAGUUACAUCUUGUGCUGCUAUCUCAUGUUCCCUAGAGCUGCUAGCAGAAUCUUAUAUGCAGUGGGGAAUACCAGCCUCGACCUGAAUUUAUUUUCACAGUUUUGUUUGAUUUGCUCUCGUAUCAAGUCAUGGGUCGAUAAGAUGCAGGAAGAUCUUGUCACACUGGCAAAAACAGCAAGUGGAGUCAAUCAGCUUGUUGAUAUUUAUGAGAAAUACCAGGAUUUGUAUACUGUGGAACCAAAUAAUGCACGCCAGCUGGUGGAAAUUGCAGCCAGGGAUAUUGAGAAACUUCUAAGCAACAGAUCUAAAGCCCUGGUGCGCCUGGCUUUGGAAGCAGAGAAAGUUCAAGCAGCCCAUCAGUGGAGGGAGGAUUUUGCAAGCAAUGAAGUUGUCUACUAUAAUGCCAAGGAUGAUCUUGAUCCUGAAAAAAAUGACAGCGAACCAGGCAGCCAGAGGAUUAAACCUGUUUUUAUUGAUGAUGCUAAUUUUGGACGACAAAUAUCCUAUCAACAUGCAGCAGUCCAUAUUCCCACUGACAUCUAUGAGGGCUCAACAAUAGUGUUAAAUGAACUCAACUGGACAAGUGCCUUAGAUGAAGUUUUCAAAAAAAAUCGAGAAGAAGAUCCCUCAUUGCUGUGGCAGGUGUUCGGCAGUGCUACUGGCCUGGCCCGAUAUUAUCCAGCUUCUCCAUGGGUUGAUAAUAGCAGAACUCCAAACAAGAUUGAUCUUUAUGAUGUACGCCGAAGACCAUGGUAUAUCCAAGGAGCUGCAUCUCCUAAGGACAUGCUUAUUCUGGUUGACGUGAGUGGGAGUGUCAGUGGAUUAACGCUUAAACUGAUCCGAACAUCUGUCUCUGAAAUGUUGGAAACUCUCUCAGAUGAUGAUUUUGUGAAUGUAGCUUCAUUCAAUAGCAAUGCUCAGGAUGUAAGCUGUUUUCAGCACCUUGUUCAAGCAAAUGUAAGAAAUAAGAAAGUGUUGAAAGAUGCAGUGAAUAACAUCACCGCAAAAGGAAUAACAGAUUAUAAGAAAGGCUUUAGUUUUGCUUUUGAACAACUGCUUAAUUAUAAUGUUUCCAGAGCCAACUGCAAUAAGAUUAUCAUGUUGUUCACGGAUGGAGGAGAAGAGAGAGCCCAGGAGAUAUUUGCCAAAUACAACAAAGAUAAAAAAGUACGGGUGUUCACAUUUUCAGUUGGUCAACAUAAUUAUGACAGAGGACCAAUUCAGUGGAUGGCUUGUGAAAAUAAAGGUUAUUAUUAUGAAAUUCCUUCCAUUGGAGCAAUAAGAAUUAAUACUCAGGAAUAUUUGGAUGUUCUGGGAAGACCUAUGGUUUUAGCAGGAGACAAAGCUAAACAAGUCCAAUGGACGAAUGUGUACUUGGAUGCACUGGAACUGGGACUUGUCAUUACUGGAACUCUUCCGGUCUUCAACAUAACUGGCCAAUUUGAAAAUAAGACAAACUUAAAGAACCAGCUGAUUCUUGGUGUGAUGGGCGUUGAUGUGUCUUUGGAAGAUAUUAAAAGACUAACACCACGUUUUACACUCUGCCCCAAUGGCUAUUAUUUUGCAAUUGAUCCUAAUGGUUAUGUCUUAUUACAUCCAAAUCUUCAGCCAAAGCCUAUUGGUGUAGGCAUACCAACAAUUAAUUUAAGAAAAAGGAGACCCAAUGUUCAGAACCCCAAAUCUCAGGAGCCUGUCACAUUGGAUUUCCUUGACGCAGAGUUAGAGAAUGAUAUUAAAGUAGAGAUUCGAAAUAAAAUGAUAGAUGGAGAAAGUGGAGAAAAAACCUUCAGAACUCUGGUUAAAUCUCAAGAUGAGAGAUAUAUUGAUAAAGGAAACAGGACAUACACAUGGACACCUGUCAAUGGCACAGAUUACAGUUUGGCCUUGGUAUUACCAACCUACAGUUUUUACUAUAUAAAAGCCAAAAUAGAAGAGACAAUAACUCAGGCCAGAUCAAAAAAGGGCAAAAUGAAGGAUUCAGAAACCCUGAAGCCAGAUAACUUUGAAGAAUCUGGCUAUACAUUCAUAGCACCAAGAGAUUACUGCAAUGACCUUAAACCAUCUGAUAACAACACUGAAUUUCUUCUAAAUUUCAAUGAGUUUAUUGAUAGAAAAACUCCAAACAACCCUUCAUGUAAUACAGAUUUGAUUAAUAGAGUCUUGCUGGAUGCAGGCUUUACAAAUGAACUUGUCCAAAAUUACUGGAGUAAACAGAAAAAUAUCAAAGGAGUGAAAGCACGGUUUGUUGUGACUGAUGGUGGGAUUACCAGAGUUUAUCCCAAAGAGGCUGGAGAAAAUUGGCAAGAAAACCCAGAGACAUAUGAGGACAGCUUCUACAAAAGGAGCCUAGAUAAUGAUAACUAUGUUUUCACUGCUCCCUACUUUAACAAAAGUGGACCUGGUGCAUAUGAAUCAGGCAUUAUGGUAAGCAAAGCUGUAGAAAUCUCUAUCCAAGGAAAACUUCUUAAACCUGCAGUUGUUGGAAUCAAAAUUGAUGUAAAUUCUUGGAUAGAGAAUUUCACCAAGACCUCAAUCAGGGAUCCGUGUGCUGGUCCAGUUUGUGACUGCAAAAGAAACAGUGAUGUAAUGGAUUGUGUAAUUCUAGAUGAUGGUGGGUUUCUUUUGAUGGCAAAUCAUGAUGAAUAUACUAAUCAGAUUGGACGAUUUUUUGGAGAGAUUGAUCCAAGUUUGAUGAGACACCUGGUUAAUAUAUCGGUUUAUGCUUUCAACAAAUCUUAUGAUUAUCAGUCAGUAUGUGAGCCUGGGGCUGCACCAAAGCAGGGGGCAGGACAUCGCUCAGCAUAUGUGCCAUCAAUAGCAGACAUAUUACAGAUUGGCUGGUGGGCCACUGCUGCUGCCUGGUCUAUUCUCCAGCAGUUUCUCUUGAGUUUGACUUUUCCGAGGCUCCUGGAGGCAGUUGAGAUGGAGGAUGACGACUUUACCACCUCCCUGUCAAAGCAGAGCUGUAUAACAGAACAAACCCAAUAUUUCUUCGAUAAUGACAGUAAAUCAUUCAGUGGUGUAUUGGACUGUGGAAACUGUUCCAGAAUCUUCCAUGUAGAAAAGCUUAUGAAUACCAACUUAAUAUUCAUCAUGGUGGAGAGCAAAGGCACAUGUCCUUGUGACACACGGCUGCUUAUACAAGCUGAGCAGACUUCGGAUGGUCCAGACCCCUGUGAUAUGGUUAAACGACCCAGAUACCGGAAAGGGCCUGAAGUCUGCUUCGAUGACAAUGUCCUGGAGGACUAUACCGACUGUGGCGGAGUUUCUGGAUUAAAUCCUUCCCUGUGGUCUAUCUUUGGACUCCAAUUCCUACUACUUUGGCUGGUAUCUGGCAGCAGACGCUACCUAUUGUGACCUAAAACCAAAAUCAGCAUAGUCAAGUCCAGACCCUGCCAACACAUGAGCCCUCAAUUACAUUAAAAUAGGGUCAGUUGUCCAAUCAGCAGAACAUUAGCUGGGCCUGUACCAUGCGUAACUCUAAGGCACAGAUUCAUAAGGCACCCACUGGCUGCAUGUCAGGGUGUCAGACCCUUAAACUUGUGUGAAUGCUGCAUCAUCUAUGUAUAACAUCAAAGCAAAAUUCUAUAUGUGCUCUAUUGGAAAAUUUGGGAGUUUGUUGUUGCUUCGUUGGUGAUUACAUGUAAAAGGGUUCCCCAUGCAAUGGUUUAUGAAUCAUGAGAAAUGUCUUGAUUUUGACUUUGAAUUUCAACUUGCUGCAAUUUUACCAAGAAAAUCUUUGGGGGUGAGGGGAGUUAUUUUUGCCUUCACUUAUUCUUCUGUUCAGAAUUCCUGCUUUGAGUAGUUAGAGAGGGAGGCAGGAGAGAGAGAGUAGUAACAUUGGUUUAAACUGUUGAAAUAUUAAAAAAUGACUAAUUUUCAACCAAAAAUUAGCCAUGAAAAAAAUGCCUUACAAAGAACGAUUUCUCUGCCAAAAAUAAAAUGCAAUUGAUGACCAAUUAAAUUUUGGUGGGGUAAUGAAUUGAUGGUUUGACAAUGUUAACUGAGAAACUUAAACUAGAGGUGCUUGCGGGUGAAAUUUGAACACGUGACUUAUUUCCUCAUACAUGUAAGCCCUUAAAUGCUUUGACGUAAUGUCCUUUGGUUCACAGUACAGUUAUGUAGUGCUAGCCAGAUAUUUAAAAAUGCUCUAAGAAAAGCUUGUUGGGGGGAGGGGAAUGUUUUUCUUGUGACAAAUGAACUUGGGUUACCAAGGGUAUUUUGCAUGAUGCUGCUGCUAUUUUAACUUUUUGGUUUUUCUCUUACUGUAGAGUGUAGUCCAUUGAAAAGUUAACUGAGUGACAUUAUUGUCAUGUAAGAAUCUGAACCUUGCGGUGUAAAUGCACUUAAGUCAUCUUUAAAAACGUUGUUAAACUACUCUGAAUAUACUGUGCAAUGUAAAUGCUGAAUGACUGGGUCAGGUAAACGGUGAAAUGAGAAAUAAUGGAUUUUAUACAGACUCGUGCUUUUGCCUGAAAACCUAUGUACAGAUAUUUUAAGUACAUAAAUCAGAUUUAACACAUUUAUUUUUUGAAAAGUACAUAUAUGUUCUCAAUGAAGAUUCAUCCUAGGUUUCCUCUUUGUUCAUUUCAAUAGUAGCAUGUACAAUCCCAAAAUUGCUGCUGCUGCUUCUGUCCCUCCAUUUUAAAUGAUAUGAUCAUUUAGCCAACAGUUCCGUGGAAUUUGGUGAGGGUUUUACAAUAAUCUGAACAAAUAGGAAACCUUGAAUCUAUAUGUAUGCACAUGAACACUUGAUUGUGAAUAAAAUUUGUUUUUAUACAGCCUCAUUGGUGAAAAUGGUUAGUGUAGUAAAUUGGAUAUUUCAUUAUAGAUUAAUAGAGUAGCCAAAUAUUAUUUAUGCUUUUAAAUUAUUUUCAGGAAUAAACAGUAUUUGAAGAAAGGAUAAAAACGAUGAAUGUGUAACUCUAAGAAUAGUGAAUAAUUUUACGGAAGGCUGAAAGUAUAAAGAUAUUUUUUAUGGUAAAAUACAUUUGUUUUCCAAACAUGCCAAAUAUUGGUGUGUGUACAUGCUGGAAAUUUUCUUAUGUAUCAUUUUAAAGUCAAAGUUAUUUACAUUAUCCAGCAUGCUUUAAUAUGUUCCACAUAUCGAAGAUAUAACCAAUUCUUUAGCAAUGUUUCAAAGAAAUAUUUGUUUUUAGCUUUGCAUACAUUUAUAAUUCCCUCCUACCACUGAUAUAUCUAUCCUACUUGUGUAUAUUUCCUUAUUUAAGAAUUUUUUUUUAAUUUAAAAUAGGGGAGGGGGAAAUGGAAUCACUUUGCCAACUAUUGUUCUAAGAAUUGACAUCAGUUACUGUUUCUAACACAUUGUUGUGAUUUUGUAGUCCAUUCAUAACUGGUAUUGACAUUUUAGAAAACACCAAAGUGAUUUAAAAAAUUAGUAAUAUGUUUAAAUCAUGUUGUUUGUUAAUGAAAUAUUUAAAACUUAUUAACUUUUGCUAGACCAUUUUAAAUCACGAAAGUGUUGGAAAGGGAAUAUCAAAAUAUAAUACUGUUAGUUUGUGUAUAUAAAAUAACGCACAUUAAAACAAUUGAAUUGCUUCCAGCAUACAACAAAACUACCUUAAAAUUAUUUUCAAAGUCUGUUAAAUAUAUCUUCAUAGCUAAUGUCAUUUAUAUAGUAUGUUUUCAUCAACUGCAUUAUUCUUGUAUUAAUCACAGUUAAACUUGGCAUCUAGUGGCAGGGCCCUAUUUGGUUAUAAACUACGACAUGACAACCACACAUGGUAACAAAUUGGGUAAGAACAUGCUCUCUGACUAAAAAUUGUCUUCAUGACAUAGUAGUCUUCAUGCUUUUAGCACCCUUUUUUGGUUAAAAGACAGUAACACUCAUCCCAUUAAAUUAUUAUGUUAAACAUUCUAUUUAUCUGUGAAUUCUGUCAAUAAGAGCUUAAAUUUUAGUCUGGUAUUAGUAUUGACUUCCAAAGACUGAUCAGUACAGGAGAUCAAUAAAAAGCUUUUUAAACUUCUUUUUACUUAUUUAAUUUUUACUAUACUCAUGUAGCUUAAUGUAAUUUGUCACUAAAACAAAAUCAGAAUAAGUCUUGUUGAGUAACAAGAAUUUUACAUUACUGGUUUCUUUAUCUUUUCUUCAUUUGAACAACCAGCAUUACUGCCAAACACCAAUCGUGGUCCAUAUUUGUAACGGGUUUUUAACAUGACAUAAUUAGCAAGUUUGACUGAAGAGCUAUUUAGGUCCCGGGCCUAUAAGAUUUUAGUAUGAUCUUUUUUCAUGUUUCUAAUGCUUGAGGCAUUCUUGCUUAACCUGGAGAAAAAUAAAACAAACCAGUGUUGCUGCCAUUUGUAAGUUUUCCUAUUUAUAAUAUUCUUUUAUUAACCUUAAAACUGGCCUUACGGGGUUCAAAUAGGCAGUAUCCCUUUUAAGUGACCUUUGCAACCCAAGUGUUACUUGCUUAUUUGAUGCUCUCUUGUAUUUUACAUCUCAUUUAAAUCUUUGUCUUGUCUUCACCAAAGCUUAAAUUCUGUGUCUUAAUUUAUAACUGUUAGGCUAUUCCAUUGAUCAUAUUAGUUGACAUUAAAAUCUCUAACGGUACAGUGUCAGACCUAGAGAGACAAAAGGGAUUUUGUGACUUUUUCACUUGCCCAAAUUCCAACUAUUUUAUUAUUAUCUGGAACUUUUAUUGUUUUCCAUAGCAGAAUGUUAAUAUUGUUAAUAUUCAGUGUACAUUUCUGUAAAGAGCAAAUCAAAAGUAUCAAGUAUUAAAAAAUUCUGGAACUUUGAAGAAUUACACCGUCCUCACCAAUGGUUACAUCUGCCUUUUAAGUUCACAUAAAGAAAUUAUCUCAAAUUCCACUGAGAUUAAUGGGAUACUGUCUUGUAUAGAUGCCAAUCAAGUUUACAGUGUGACCUGGCAAAAUUAUCUUUUUUGUGUUGUGUGAUUGUUGGAUCAUGCUUUUAGGGAAACUUUUAAUGAAAUGCCCAGUGUGCAUCCAUGCAAAAGACCAAGUGGCUUUUGUGAACAAUAGCUCUUUUCUCCCCUUUAUUAUGUUCUCUUGACACUUUUGUGGAAAUUAACUAGCCUGAUAAAAACAUUUUGUAAAAAUUUGUAUAAUACUGUUAUAAUAAUAUUUAUAAUCCCAGAAAAUGUUGUGUUAAAUCUUGUGCAAAACAGUAUAUUCAGAAUAAAAGUUUAUCAUUUAAAGUCA